GCUGCCGGGGCGGGGGCAGCGGGGAUGCCGGGCGGGGGCAGGGGCUGCAGGGGUGCAGCACGGUCCGUGCGCGCCUGGGAUGUGUCCCCUCCGCAUUUCCCACGGUCCCGCUGUCAGCCCGGCCAUCACUGAGUCAGUCUUUAUCUGCUCGGGUACCGAGGGUAUGCACACCUCACCUGGACUCUCCUGAACUUCGGGAAGGGCUGACUGAGGGGAAGCAAUGUUAGCACCGUUGCGGAGGAAGCCGUGGAUUAUUAUCAAAUGGAUUUCAAUUUCCACAAGUUUGACUGAGGAAUCUGGGCUUAUGCCCCCACCCAGAAACAUCCACAGUGCCUGAGCUCUCCUGACUUGCCCUGUAAUGAUGAACCCUUUGGUGUGAUCUGUACCCCCUGGAAUAGCCUCAUAGGGUACUUUAGUUCUCUCCAGCAGUCUCCAGUAUGCCAUACUGAACAAUCCCUUAAGUCUAAUUUUUACAGCAGGUAUCCUCUGAAAACCAAGAAUUGCCAGCUGGGAAUGAUCUGGAACAUUUUACCUAUAUCACCUUGUGGUGGUAUAUGGGAUGUAUGAGAUAUUUUCUGAUAUUGUUGAUGGGAACCACGUGAAGAGCAAAAGAUAUGUUAGCCCAAAGGGAAGAGAGAAUGAAAGUAAUGCAUAUAAAAAGAGAAUAAAAACCACAAAGCCUAGAAGCAGAAACUUGCCAGGAUGGACUGUCCUUACUCAGAGAACCAGGGCAGCUGAGAUAGUUGUAGUUUAUAAAUUCCAACAAGAAGGUCAAUAGACGUGGGAGGAAGUGAAUGUCUUAGGAUCUUGAUGUGGAGAAGACCUUGAUGAAAUACUGGUAAGGAAGACCUUUUCAGCUUGGAGGUGUUACUCACUCUUCCAUGUCCUUAGUCUAACGUCAUAUUCACCACAUGCUUGGAGAUGAGUUUGGUGUAACUGGAGGCUGCUAUUGCAAAAAUGACAAAAGAAAAUGCUUCUGUGUUGUAACUUGUUCCGCCAGUCUCCCAUAAGCUGCUGUUCUCACGUUUACCUCCCUGGGCUGGGUUUCUGAAGACAAUUGUUUUAUGCUACUAAGUAGAAAGCACUGAGAGGAAACAUAGCUAAAGAAAAAGUGAUACUUUUGAGUUAACUAUUAACCAGAUUCAAACAAGCUGGAGCACAUUGCAAGCGGGGGUGAGUUGCUGGGCUGUUGGACAAGAAGGAGCUCCAGAGUGAAGAAUAGGCAUGGGGAUACUCUAUUCAGAGGUACGUGACCAUUUUCUGCAGUUACUGACGCUGUUGAAGGUAUGGAUAUUCACCGGACUUGGUUUGUUCCCUUCGCAGCCUCCCAUACAGCGGCUUGUAGAGAUCUGGAAGUUUUUCCCUUUGGAAACGUUUUCCUUUGUCUAUUACAAGCCGUCAGUAAUAUUGUUUAUAGUAGCCAAGAAAAUGCAAUAACCGGCGUAAUUAUCAUGGCUUCACAAAGUAUGUGUUCAACAUUUUCUGUUCUGUGUUGAGAUCAGAACGAUUCUGUACAUGGUGGAAGCAGCAAACAGCUUUGCAAAAAGUAGACAACUCCUGGGCUUACACUGAUACAGAUAAUAAACUUAAUGCCUAAGAAAACCUUCCACUCCCUCAUAUUGUUUUAGGACGGUAACUAUUUUUUAUCUUAUCUUUGUGGGUUUGUCCCCAAACAACAGUUCAUUUAACAUUUUCCUGUACUUUAGCAUAAAUUCUGCUUAAACGUAUUCUGUUAUAAAUUUCCCAUUUGGACGUGUGGGAACAAAUGAGGGAUUUGGUCGUCUGUGACUGUGAAAAGUGAGCACUGCGCUGUGUUUCUGUUUCUGGAGGUAGCAUUACAUAGCUGUUACUUUUAAAGGCUACGUUUCUAUGCUGAAAGCCGCUCUUCUAUUUCCAAAAAGCUAGUCAAUGAAAUCAAGUAUCUUCUCCUCUUUCAGUAUUACCAGGAACUUGAAUCUGUGCAUUCAUAAGGUGAUCGACUGAAUAGACUGUAGCUUAUUCUGAAAGGAUUUCUUGCCUCUCUCUGGAUCUACUACUCUGAGGUAGUAGUGCAGUGGAAAUCAGUGUUGUCUAGCUUAAUUACACAGGUGUUUAAAGAAUGUUCAAAUAUUGUCCAUGUUUUUUCAUGCUUAUUAGUUAAUAUUUUCAUAUAAAUUCAUUUUCUCUCUUUAAGCAUUUUGAGAUACAGUUUUCUGGGUAAAUUAUGGUUCAUUUAUACAGGAUAGAAAGCUGGGGAACUGAAAAUAAAGUUAUAACUUGCCUUUUCUGAGAAGCAUGUAUUGGAUAUUAGUGUAUUCCUCAGCAUCCUAAACAUAAUUUAGACUUUCCUGUUAAGUUCAUAGCAUGCUUUUUUGGUAUAAUUUUAGUACAAAGGAAGAGGCUAUGGAUUGAUUCAGAAUAUUUUGAUAUUACAAAAUAUCUUCCUUUUUUCUAAACAACUGCAAUGAGUUGAUACAGUUUAGGCAAUCCCCUGGAGUUCUAAAGGAGGAAGCAAUUAUAAACUGAAAUUGCUCUUCAAGUUGCAAGACAGGCUUUACCUUCACCUCCUCCCUAUUGGUUGAUUGCUUUGUCCUUCAUACUGUGCCUUUAACCUUUACUUCUGUGGUAGAACUUGCUAAAUAGCUGGAGGUUUAUCACUAGCUCAUCAAAGCUAAGCAGAGUGUGAUGCAAGAAAUUCUGGAAAACAUCAGGCAGGUUCAGAUGUGGUGGUUAAUCUAGGUCUGGGUAAACUACUACGACCUAGUAUCAAUCAUGUUCCACAAUUAAUUAAAAAAAUUAAAAAUUUGGUUCUAUAACUGCCCUUCCUGAUAGAGCGUUAUUGCUUUUCUCGCACCACAUUUUUGGUGAUUUUGGUACUGAGUGCUCUCAGCCAUGAAACCCUUGCAUGUCCUGUGAGUACUUCUCAUCUUUCUGAAGCCUUAUAUACUGAACAACUAAACUCUGGUCUGAAGGGCUUGCAGAAGAAGAAGUAUUGUAAAAAGAGAGAUUUUAAACACUGAAUUAUUGGCAUAUCUAAUCUUCAAACUCUACUUUCCAUUCUCCAGUGUCUGCCCACUGUUUUUUUUUCAGGUGGGCAGUGUGCCAUACUUCAUGAUUAGCCCUGGCUCUAUGGCUGGGCAAAGGCACCUCUGAUGAGGAUUCAAGGAGUGUUUGGGGUUGUGAUUCUGUUUUCUUCCUCCCUUCCAUUGUACAUUUUGUGCAGUCACACUGUCAGGUUCAUCCUGUGCACCCUGUCUGAAUGCUGGGUGGUGCUGCAGAAGUGUGAAUGAGAGCAGAGUGAAGGGCUUUGCUGCCACAUCCUUCAGAGAGGCCCUCCCUUCCUCUUUGCCUAAGCUGGAAUUGGGGAUCCUACUCCCCCUCCCUUCAGACCCGAGCCCGUGUCUGCAUGGGUGCAGUGUUUGUUGUGCUGGCUCUGCCCUGCUGCUUUAUGGAGCUGGGCCAGGUCUGUUGUGAGCUCCCUGGGAUUUAUAAAUGAUGUGGUGUGGGCAAGAGAAGCCGCUCUGUGUCUUGGACUGCAAACAUGCUCAGAAGUUGAGAACUCAGUUCCCAGUGGUGCUUUCUUCAUAAUCUGUAGUUGUGGGAGCACUUCUCUUCUCACACAUCCCUAAAGGAGACUCCAAGACGGGUCCAUGGUGCAGUUGCCAGUGCGUCUCUGGGACAAGGGAAGCUGCAGGGGCUCUCCUGGCUGUCCUCCACUGCCAUCAGACUUCUGCUGUCCUUGUCCUGCUCCUCACCACAGCUGAGCAUGAGCCCAAGACAUGAACUUUGGAUUUCUUGGGUAUGGCUUUCCCCUGGCAUAGCUCAGGUACUCUGAGUACUAUUCGUAGGUUUAUUUCUCUCUUGUGUGUGAUGAGUGGAUAACAAUAACAUAGCAACAGCAAUAACCAUAACACAAAUAUGGCUGUGUCACUUCUGAGGCAAUCUUCUAACACUGUAGAAAGCAGAGUGAGAUUUUCCAGUCUCUUAUCCUCCAGGUUUUUCUAUAGACUUAAAGGAAGUAUGUUUUCUUGGGUUUUGGAUGAAUACUGAUACUCCCUGCUGAUACUCCAGAUAGGUGCUCUCUACCUGUUUGAAAGGAAUUCUAUUACUGUCUUAUGAGCAAACUUUGGGGAAUAGUUUAAAAAGGUCUUAAGCAUGGUUAGUCCUUUAGAUAGGGUUUCCAGAGUGACAACCCAAAAAUAGUGAGAGGUGGAAAAGAUAUUUGUGGCUGAGGCUUCACAACCACAGAAAUCCUGGCAUAUGCUCAAGCCCCAGCCUGGGGCCAGGCAGGUUUUGUGUCCAAUCUGUUGCUACUGGAAGCUUGUUUUGUUACUUUGCUCUGCUUAUGAAUACAAAUCUCUUUCUAAUUUUCAUGCUAAAUUUCUUGGCCAGAUGUAUCACCUUUUUUAUGGUGUUCCUUGAAAUAAAUUGAUCUUCUUUACCACUGACCCAUUAAUUUAUUUUGGAACACUAGGGACAGUGCUGUCUCUUCCUAACCCAGCUAAGCAAAUCAACCUUUCUUCAGGCUCUUCAUAUUUCUCAGUUGUGGAGAUGCUUCAUGCUCUUGCCAUGAUCUGAUCUCAUUUUAGGACCCAAAUGACAAAAACUCGACACACUAUCCCAGUAAAGUGCUUCUGUAACAUCUCUUUCUGUGAGAGACACUAUCUAAUAUAGCAUUUGCCUUUCUUGGACAAGUGGCUGGUUGCCACCUAUUUUUAGUUUUUCUUAUCUUUAUAUUUCCCUAUAACUUUUUUUUCCCCCUGAAUCCUUAUUGUUAUUGAUAUUAAUAUAAUGAAUUUACAGUUGUUGAUAUUGUUUGUUCCUUUACUUAAAUACUGCUAUGAUGUUUGCUCUUCCAGCCAUGGAAAAGCCAAAUUGAGAAGUAUAUUACAAGUUUUGUCUGUCACACUUUUCACCUUUCUUUGAUUAAAAGAAUACAAAACAGCAGAGUGAGCCUCAAAAAAAAUCCCAUACAAAUGGGAAAAAAGUUUGUGUUCCUUUGUUGUUUGGGUUUUUUAAAAUUAUUUAAAUAUGAAUGGAACAUGUUUAUGCACACAGUAUAAUUUCUACAAAGUACCCCCAGUCCAGGGGAAUAGUAACAAUUCUAAAUACAUCUUUACUUUACAUCAUACUUUAAAUACAUCAGUUUUCCAGGUAUUAGUUGCUGGAAUGGAUGAGAACAGCUUCCUUAGAUUCUCUGUGCCCUGGGUGUUUUCUGAGAACAGCUGGUUUCAGUAGGUAAAAGAGCAUGUGUGCCUUGUGUGUGCUGGGCUCUGUGCAUGACUUCAACCCCAAAUAAUCUGGUCUCUCAGGGAGUGGUCUCUGUGCCAUCAUUGUUGAUGGCUCUAGAACUGAGUUCAGCAGUAGUGUAAGGUUUAGAAAUUGAUCCCAUGGAUCAAAGAGAGCAUCAGUCAGAAAUGCCUUGGGUUUAAUCACCUAGCAAGUAUAAGUCUUAGAGGCAGUACAGAAAGAAAAACAGAAUAUAUCCUUGAGCUGCUGAAUGAGCAAAACCAGCCUAGAAAGGAGCAAAGUUAUAUGCUAAAUGACUGGGAGUUGAACAGAUGUUCAACCAAAGAGCAAAUCUCCUACAUCUUUAAAUAAGCAAAGCAAUGCCUAAUAAAUAGAGUUGUAGGGAAAUCAAAGAAGCAGACAGACUCCACAGGAUCUUCUCUUUCCUGGACAUGAAGAUGCAGUGCUAGACACCAACGUGACAGAGAGCAAGGUUCUAGAGAAAACUGAUCUUUUAGAUGGCACCUGUGUGCAAAUCACACCAAAAGGGGUUUGAAAGAGGCUUUUCUCUUCAAAAUCAUUAAAACAGUUCUGGUUCUGGUGAAAUGUAAAAUACCAAAUUGUAUACAUACAGUUCUAUACAAAUGCAGACAGAUGUGCAAGUUUAAAAUAUGGCAUGUGUUCUUUGUAGAUUUUUGACUGAUAUAAUAGAAACAAAACAAGAAGUGGUGCAAGGUCUGGUAGGCAUGUAAAUACUUCCUUUGGAAAUAAAUCACUUCUCUUACACAGCUGUCCAGAAAACUAAGCAGUAAUUAUUCUCGAGAUAAGCCUGUGUUGUAGAUCAAAGUUUGGCUGAAAAAGUGUAAAUAAGAUGAAUAUUUUCAAGGCAGGAAGGUGUAGGGGUAAAGGGGAGGACAGAGAGGAGGGAACAAUCUGGAGGAGUGAGGAAGGAGCUCAGAUUUCAGGACUAGAUCUUUUUCAAGUAGAGCACUUAGUUAAAAAAGGAGAAUUGAGAAGACGAACUACAGCUAAUAUUUAAAGAAAAAUUCUAUUUUAGAAGAUGUUGGGUAAAAUUCUCAGUAUCAAAGAAUAUAAAUACUUAUUCUGUUUUUCACAGGAGAACUCAAAUUCUACCAGUCUGCCCCACUUCUAAAUGUUAGUUUCUGCCUGUAUUAGGCUGUCAGAAACUUGCAGUACUCCUGCCCUUCUCAGUUUCUCCUUAGUCUGAAUUUUUGCUACUGGAGAGGGAAAGAAUUGCAGUUUAGGUCAAGGACGUGUAGAAAUACUGAACGAAAAGCUGACCAGCAAGCAGUUCUCAAAAGCCAAGCAGGAUCUGACCUGUGGGUACCCUGGCAUGUAUUUUUUUAGGUAUUUCAAGGUCUAGAAAAGAAACAUUGGUAGGGGCUUGGUUUUUCAACUUUCACCUGAAAUGAGGUUCUUUUCUGGGAACAGAUGAGUCAGGAGUGGCUCAUUCUGAUCAGCCAAAGGGAAAGCCUGAGGUAAACAGGCACAUGGGCUUGUCCCUGCUUGCUGCUUAAUACAUUGACCAGCUCCUGUGAGAAUUGAGAAUGGAAGCCGGUUUUGGGUUUGUUUUGGUUUUUUUGUUUGUUUGUUUGGUUGGUUGGUUUUUCUGUUUGUUUUGGGUUUUUUUUCCCUAAUGGCUGCAAAUAAACAGGAUUUAUUUCCUGGAUUAUAGAAUUAGCAUCCAAAAUGAACAGAAAAUCCAUUCCACUGUGCAGAGGCUGUGACUUCGGGGCUGAGAGCUGUGUAGCAGCUGCAGAAAUGUCUCCUACCACCAUCUUCUGGAAGGCACCAAGAACUACAGCCUCAGUCAGAUGUUCUGGGCCCAUCUGUCAGGCAGCUUAUAACAACGAUUUCAAUAAAGUUCAUCUCCUUUUGGAGCGCAACAGCAACUGUUUGAAUGUACAGGACAGCUUCCUUGGAGACACCCCCUUAAUUUGUGCAUGUAGACAAGGAAACAACAGGAUAGUUAACUAUCUUCUUAGGAAACAUGCUGAUGUCAACCUCAGGAACAAGAAGGACCGCACUUGCCUCCAUUAUGCUGUGAGAAAACGUUUCACCUUCCUUGACUAUGUGCUCAUCAUAAUCCUCAUGCCAGUUAUGCUCAUUGGAUACCUUCUCAUGGUCUCAAAGACAAAGCAGAAUGAACACCUGGUCAAGAUGUUGCUUAGAUCUGGAGUCGAUGUGAAUGCUACAGACUCUUCUGGCAGCACAGCCCUUCACUAUGCUUGUGAAAUGAAAAACCAGGCAGUCAUUCCUCUACUGCUUGAAGCUCAUGCAGACACUUCUGUAAAGAAUCAGGAUGGGGAGACUCCCUUAGAUAUAGCAAGAAGAUUGCAGUUCCACAACAUUGAAAGAAUGAUAAGAAAAGAUUCUUAGCCACCAAGGAUUCUCAGACAUGCAGAAAAUUACCUCAUCUGAUAAUCUGCCUUUCACAACAGCAGAAGUCCUGCAGAGGAUGAGGGGUGACACUUGAUAAAGACUCAGUCCACAUCCACCCAUUCCCUGCUGCAGACUUGGACAGUUUUGUGUGAGAUUCGUCAGGCCCAGGCCAUGAAGUUAAUUUUAUUUUACUAAGCCGUGAAUUACUACAAUAGUGUUGUAGUGUUCAAAACAGUCUUUUCCAUCUGCUUCAUCAGUUUUAUUACUUGACUUCUGCAGACUGUGGAUUUUGAAAGCUAGCUAUAAAAUAUCUGGAAACCUAAACAUUGCAUAUAAUGGUUGGCAGUCAAUGCAAAAAUAAAAUAUCUUUUAGAAUGUGUGCUACUCAUUCCAUAGGAAAACUAAACAAUAUGCUACAACAGUUAUAAAAGGCCUGGUACCCUUCUUAGUAUUUAUCUUCCUACAAUGGGAGGGGCUGGGAAAACAGAUCUCUCAGUUGAGCCCUUCCUCCUUCCAUCCUUCCUACAACCUUAAUUCUCAUGGUGUUGCUACAAGGGAUCUUGUAGAAUAGGACUAUCUUCUUUUGUUUUCAUCUAAGAAACAGCAAAAAGAGAUUCAAUGCCUUGCUGGAGACCAUAAAACAAGUGAAUCACAUUAAUGCAUUAAGAAAGAGUAAAGAAAAUAUGUUUGGCUCAGUAGAGAAAAAGGUCUCUUGACUACCUUUCCAAUAUAAACAGUGUACUAAAGAAAAAAAGGAGUCAAUAAAUGAAAUUCCAUUGAUGGAAACCAGAUGUAUCAUUCCCACGGGACUGACAGGACAGCAUGCUGUACAGAGAGAGGAUGCAGGAGAGGAUAAUACCAAUCAUAAUAAUAAUAUAUGCAUGAGUCUUCUCUUGCAUAAGUGAAGGCAGAAGAAAACCUGCAGUAAUAAGCAAUGUAUUAAAAGUGGUCCAGUGCUCUGUGAUUUAAUAAUGCGGCAAUAAAAGGGAAACUUCUUUCAUA